AGCGGGCAGGAGCCAGUUCCUGGGGAGAAUACAAUGCAACACGGAGCAAAGUGAAUUUACAAUGUCCUGAGCCACAGCCUAGUGCUGUGCUAGAGAAAGUCAGGGAAAUGGGGUAAAACCUGUGUGUCUGCCAAGUGCUAUUGUGAGCUCCUGCCUCCUGGCCCAGAGACCCCUGUAGCGGCCGUGCUCUCCGGUGGCUGGCACCCGCCCCAGCCCAGGAGCCGUGCCCAACCUGCCCUGUAGGGCUGCAGAGCCCCUGUCACCAGCCUGGCUGAGUGACCUGCUCCCUUCGGCAGUGGUGGGACCGACACAGCUCCAUGCUGGAAGGUUAGAAAUGGGGUGAGGCUUUCCAAAGUGCAAAGGGCUUCCCUAAACUGCCCUCUCCUGGUUGUGAGCGCUUGGAAGAGACUGUUGUGACCUGAUGUCCCAACGUGCUCCGUGGAUUAGGCUAAGGAGGGCUGGCGUAUGUGGGCUGUCUCGUAUACAGGGGUUUCUUCAGGCUGGGAAAAUGCGUGUGGCCCAAUGAACCAGCCACGGACGUGUCUGUACCGGCACAUGGGCACUCAGAGUGCCCGCAGUCCCUCCCCCGCGCAUCCGAGAGACCUGACUGCACUUUCACAGACAGCGUGAGGCUGAUGUACAUCCUGAUCCUGGCAGCUUCCCAAGCUCUUCUCUUCGGGUUUGUACGGUACGGAGCAACUCUUGGAACAGCAGUGCUAUAAACCUUGGCAAUGAUGGAUGCACACCACAGGGGUAAAAACAGAGAGCUGAGCUCCUCCGCAAAGGCCUUGUAAAAACGCAUCGACUUGGGGCUUCCCUCUUCAGCACUUCCCUUGACAGAAACACGCCGGGACGCGUGGAAGAGCAGACGGCUGCCGGAGAGGUGGGAAACUGCCCCGAUCCGCUGACACCCCCCGCCCCGGCAGGGCCCGGCGUCCCCGGGGUGGCAGCCGUGGGCAUCGCGGGGCCGGGGCUGCCCUCGCUCCCCCGGGGAUGCCCCGGCCUGCGCCCGCCCGCUGCCCUGCCCCUCGGGUGCUCCUAACGCUCCUGGGACAAGCCUGUCUGCGUUGGAAGAGAUGCUGUUGGCGGCAGAGACUAUUCGUAGGGUUUGAAGUCCAUGGAAACGAGGAACUAAGUCGCAGGUGCACUGGUUUAACCGAAGUGGCCUGGGUAACGCAGAUACAGCUUGUGUGAAUGGAUUUUCUUAGAGAAGUUUGGAGAUGUGUGAUUUGCGUGCACCUUAGACAGCGAUGGGCCUUCAUGCGCGGGGGCAGGUGCCGGGGCAGUGCUGAGCACACGGGCUGUGGGGCGCGAACGGCGGCGGCACGUCCUGCUGGCGCUCUCCCGGCGCUCUCCCGGCGCUCUCCCGUCCGGCGGUGCCGCUCUCCCGUCCGGCGGUGCCGCUCUCCCGUCCGGCUUCGUCUCUAACGCCGACUGCCCCCCUCAGCCCCGGCCGCUUCACAGCGCCGCCGCUCCUCCGCUCCGCCAGGGGGCGCCCCGUGCUCUCGGCGGAGGGGCGGGGCCGGCGCGGAGGCGGGCGGCGCGGCUUCCGGCGCCGUGACCCGGAAGCGCAAGCGGAGGCCAUGGCCGCCUGCUGAGGUGCGGCGCGGUGGGGCGCGGAGCGCGGCCGGCGGGGACGGGGCCGUUCCGCGCCGCUCCUCCCUUCCCCUCUCCUCCCCUCAGCGCGGCGGGCGGGUCCCUCGCCCCUCCGGGAGCGCCGGGGUGGGCGGCGGCGCGGCUCCCCUCGGUUUCUCCCGGCCGCCAGGCCCCGGCUGUCACCGAAGGCUCGGGUGGAAGCGGUGCCCCGGCCGCUCCCCGCGCUCCUCAGCCAAGGGGGGCGCUCCGCCCCGGCGCGGGGAGCGGCAGGGUCUGCCCUUGCCUGCCUGGGUCCCGCUGCUGUUGGGCUUGGCAGCAAACCUGUUUUGUCCUCCCUCCCUUCAGGCUGGGGACUGGCUCUCGCUCACGGGCUGCCUGCCGUCCUCUGCGGGGGUCACAGACCCGGUUAAGACCCGUGGCACCUUGUGUCUCGUCAGCUGAAAAUGAAGACUGUUUUAAUGGUCGCGGAGAAGCCUUCUCUGGCUCAGUCCAUCGCCAAGAUCCUCUCAAGGGGAAACAUGUCCUCUCGCAAGGGACUGAAUGGUGCGUGCUCUGUGCAUGAGUACACUGGAUCGUUCAUAGGACAGAGUGCCCAUUUCAAGAUGACGUCUGUGUGUGGUCAUGUUAUGACUUUGGAUUUCAUAGGAAAAUAUAACAGCUGGGAUAAAGUGGAUCCAGCAGAACUUUUUAGCAAAGCUCCCACAGAAAAGAAAGAAGCUAAUCCCAAACUGACCAUGGUGAAGUUUUUACAGGUGGAGGGAAGAGGCUGUGAUUGUAUUGUCUUGUGGUUGGAUUGUGAUAAGGAAGGAGAAAACAUCUGUUUUGAAGUUCUUGAUGCUGUUCUUCCUGUUAUGAACAAACCUCGUAGCACCGAAAGGACGAUUUAUAGAGCUAAAUUCAGUUCUAUUACUGACACAGACAUCUGCAAUGCCAUGAAUCACUUGGGAGAACCCAAUCGCAAUGAAGCCCUUUCAGUGGAUGCCCGCCAGGAGCUGGAUCUUAGAAUUGGCUGUGCGUUUACAAGGUUUCAGACUAAAUACUUUCAGGGGAAAUAUGGGAAUUUAGACAGCUCCCUCAUCUCCUUUGGGCCAUGUCAGACCCCAACACUUGGAUUCUGUGUUGAAAGGCAUGACAAAAUCCAGUCAUUUAAGCCUGAGACUUACUGGGUGCUGCAAGCUAAAGUGAACCCUGAAAAAGAAAGUUCUCUCACUUUGGAUUGGGAUAGAGUGAGGGUGUUUGAUCGUGAGAUUGCUCAAAUGUUCCUGAAUAUAACAAAGAUGGCAAAAGAAGCAAAGGUAGAAUCUGUGAGUAAAAAAGAGAAGGUGAAGCAGAGACCACUGGCUCUGAACACGGUAGAAAUGCUACGAGUGGCCAGUGCUGCUUUAGGAAUGGGUCCACAACAUGCCAUGCAAAUAGCAGAGCGUCUUUAUACUCAGGGUUAUAUUAGCUACCCUCGAACAGAAACUACUCAUUAUCCAGAAAAUUUUGACUUGAAAGGAUGUUUGAGACAGCAAGCCAAUAAUCCUUAUUGGGCAGAAACUGUAAAAGCAUUGCUGUCAGAAGGCAUUAAUCGUCCAAGGAAAGGCCACGAUGCAGGAGACCAUCCUCCCAUCACACCAAUGAGAGCGGCAACAGAAGCAGAAUUAGGUGGAGAUGGAUGGCGACUGUAUGAGUAUAUAACUAGGCAUUUCAUCGCCACUGUCAGCGCUGAUUGCAAGUACCUACAAACCACCAUUUCUUUCAGUAUUGGCCCUGAACGUUUUACUUGUAUUGGAAAAGUGGUAACUUCACCAGGGUUCACAGACAUUAUGCCGUGGCACAGCAUCCCAUUAGAAGAGAGCCUUCCCCACUGUGAGAAAGGAGAUCUUUUUCCAGUUGGUGAAAUAAAAUUGCUGGAAAAGCAAACCAGUCCUCCUGAUUACCUGACAGAAGCAGAACUUAUCACUCUGAUGGAAAAGCAUGGCAUUGGAACUGACGCAAGUAUUCCAGUCCACAUUAACAAUAUUUGCCAGCGAAACUAUGUCACAGUGGAGAGUGGUCGGAGACUAAAGCCUACAAACCUUGGCAUCGUCCUGGUUCAUGGUUAUUACAAAAUAGAUGCAGAAUUGGUUCUUCCUACAAUCCGCAGUGCUGUAGAGAAGCAACUCAACUUAAUAGCUCUGGGUAAAGCGAAUUAUCACCAGGUCCUGGAGCACACCCUUGACAUUUUCAAAAGAAAAUUUCACUAUUUUGUGGAUUCUAUUGCAGGUAUGGAUGAGCUGAUGGAAGUGUCUUUUUCACCCUUAGCUGCCACGGGUAAACCUCUUUCCCGCUGUGGCAAAUGCCAUCGCUUCAUGAAGUAUAUUCAGGCCAAACCAAGUCGUCUGCACUGCUCUCACUGUGAUGACACCUACAGUCUCCCACAGAAUGGCACCAUUAAACUCUACAAAGAGUUGCGUUGCCCCCUGGAUGACUUUGAGCUGGUGCUGUGGUCGUCUGGAUCCAGAGGCAAGAGCUACCCGCUCUGUCCAUACUGUUACAACCAUCCUCCCUUCAGGGACAUGAAAAAAGGAAUGGGCUGUAAUGAAUGCACGCACCCCACGUGUCAGCAUUCUCUUAGCAUGCUUGGAAUCGGGCAGUGCGUCGAAUGUGAGAAUGGGGUUCUGGUGCUGGACUCCACGUCGGGUCCCAAGUGGAAGAUGGCAUGCAACAAAUGCAACGUGAUUGUGCACUUCUUUGAGAAUGCCCACAAAGUCCGAGUGUCGCCGGAGACCUGCGACUUGUGUGAUGCAGCCCUUGUGGACGUCGAUUUUAACAAAGCCAAAUCUCCUCUGCCUGGUGACGAGACCCAGCAUUCAGGCUGCGUGUUUUGUGACCCUGUGUUUCAAGAUCUGGUGGAGCUGAAGCACGCAGCCAUGAGGCACCCCAUGCACCGCGGGGGGCAAGGGAAAAGGCAAGGCCGAGGAAGAGGUAAAGGCCGGAGGCCUGGAGGAAGACUCAAUCCAAAGAAACCCAAGGACAAAAUGGCAGCUCUGGCUGCUUACUUUGUAUAAUGGCCACACAACAGAAAAAUAAACUUCUUAUAAAAAUUUGUUUCCCUUUAAGUUCAUUUUUAAGUAUUUUUGAUCUU